UUCGUCAAGCAGCGAAGUCGUAAUUGUUUUCUUCUCUUGUGCCAUUUUCCCCAUCUCGGACCUCUCCCCGAGUCCUGGUCUUUCUGAACAAUGAGAUAAAAUAAAACAUCAGGAAAAAGGGUAAACAAAUUUAAAACCCCCCGAAAAAAAUUCCUGGCUCGUCGGUUACAAUGAUGAAGAUGGGAGGCGAUUUAUUAAAAUGGCUUUUCAUCAUUCUCUUAGCUCUUGUUCUUCUCCGUGUUUACUCGGUCUCCGCCGUCUGUGAACUCAGUUUCACUGACCAUGACAAGCGCAUUAACUAUAGCUUGGCCACUCCUCUCGCUAUGUUCCCUCACGGUGUCCUCAGUGAAGACGGAUUCUAUAAGGUGGCUGUGAAUGAGACUGUGCUCUGGUUUCAGCUUUGCGAUGAGAUGUUAUUCAAUCAUGACCCACCUAGAUGUGUUGACUGCUUGGACUGCGGGGGUCCAUCACGCUGUGGAUCAGAAUGUAGUGCACUUGUGGCAAACAACAUCGAUGGUUAUGAUGUAUGCAAUACUAUUGGGCUUGUAUCACGCACAAAUAUAAAGGUUAUGGUGUGGCCACUGGAGAGUUUAUCGGUUGUUAACUUCAAGCGAUUCUCCUCGGUUGCUAAUAAGGAUAGUCACUGGAGAGUUUACAUAGUUGUUAACUUUAGAGUCUCAAAAGAUUAG